AAAAAGAAGUGCAGAUUCGCUUCCCAGAGCCGGGCUGGCAGCCUGCGCUAUGGUUGGGAACCAACGUGGGGCGCGGGCUGGGGUAGGGGAGGCAGGCGGCCGCAGCGGGGGCCCGGGAGCGCAGGGCGGGCCUGGAAGAGCUCCGCCCCAAGGGGCGCGGCCACCCCGGAGGCGGGCGCACGGCUGCUUCUCAUUCAUUGUCUUGACAAGAGCAUCCUCAGCGGGCGAGUCCCCGGCUCCUCCAGCUCCUUCCUCCUCUUCCUCCUCCUCCUCCACCUCCGGCUUUUGGGGGGUCACUGUCCUCUCUCUGCAGCAGAAUGAGCCGGCAGGUGGUCCGCUCCAGCAAGUUCCGCCAUGUGUUUGGACAGCCAGCCAAGGCCGACCAGUGCUAUGAAGAUGUGCGCGUCUCACAAACCACCUGGGACAGUGGCUUCUGUGCUGUCAACCCUAAGUUUGUGGCCCUGAUCUGUGAAGCCAGUGGGGGAGGGGCCUUCCUGGUGUUGCCCCUGGGCAAGACUGGACGUGUGGACAAGAAUGCUCCCACAGUCUGUGGCCACACAGCCCCUGUGCUAGACAUCGCCUGGUGCCCUCACAAUGACAACGUCAUUGCCAGUGGCUCCGAGGACUGCACAGUCAUGGUGUGGGAGAUCCUGGAUGGGGGCCUGAUGCUGCCCCUGCGGGAGCCUGUCGUCACCCUGGAGGGCCACACCAAGCGUGUUGGCAUUGUGGCCUGGCACCCCACAGCCCAGAACGUGCUGCUCAGUGCAGGUUGUGACAACGUGAUCAUGGUGUGGGACGUGGGCACUGGGGCAGCCAUGCUGACGCUGGGCCCAGAGGUGCACCCAGACACGAUCUACAGUGUGGACUGGAGCCGAGACGGAGGCCUCAUUUGUACCUCCUGCCGCGACAAGCGCGUGCGCAUCAUUGAGCCCCGCAAAUGCACUGUCGUAGCUGAGAAGGACCGUCCCCAUGAGGGGACCCGGCCCGUGCGUGCGGUGUUCGUGUCAGAGGGGAAGAUCCUGACCACGGGCUUCAGCCGCAUGAGUGAGCGGCAGGUGGCGCUGUGGGACACAAAACACCUGGAGGAGCCGCUGUCCCUGCAGGAGCUGGACACCAGCAGCGGUGUCCUGCUGCCCUUCUUUGACCCUGACACCAACAUCGUCUACCUCUGUGGCAAGGGUGACAGCUCGAUCCGGUACUUUGAAAUCACUUCUGAGGCCCCGUUCCUGCACUAUCUCUCCAUGUUCAGUUCCAAGGAGUCCCAGCGGGGCAUGGGCUACAUGCCCAAACGUGGCCUAGAGGUGAACAAGUGUGAGAUUGCCAGGUUCUACAAGCUGCACGAGCGGAGGUGUGAGCCCAUUGCUAUGACAGUGCCUCGAAAGUCGGACCUGUUCCAGGAGGACCUGUACCCACCCACCGCAGGGCCCGACCCUGCCCUCACGGCUGAGGAGUGGCUGGGGGGUCGGGAUGCUGGGCCCCUCCUCAUCUCCCUCAAGGAUGGCUACGUACCCCCAAAGAGCCGGGAGCUGAGGGUCAACCGGGGCCUGGACACCGGGCGCAGGAGGGCAGCACCAGAGGCCAGUGGCACUCCCAGCUCGGAUGCUGUGUCCCGGCUGGAGGAGGAGAUGCGGAAGCUCCAGGCCACGGUGCAGGAGCUCCAGAAGCGCUUGGACAGGCUGGAGGAGACAGUCCAGGCCAAGUAGAGCCCCGCAGGGCCUUCAGCAGUGUCAGCCAUUCACACCUAUCCACUCACUCCCCCUUCCCAGUCACAUGGCAGAUAAAAAAAAUCAUAAUAAAAUGGCUUUAUUUUCUGGUA